AUGCGCAAUCAGGAUACUGCGGCACAGUCUCAACUAGAGGCGGCGCUCGAAAAAAUUAAACGAAAGAGAACAACAGAGCGUUCCCAAUGCAAGCCGGACAACCGGACCAAGAGUACCCCCACAAAAAAAGGGAGAAAUUUAUCAAGCUGGGCAUGGAAGCCGGAAUCGGCUUUACCGCAUACUGAGGAACGCCCGAAGUUGGGUUUUCAGGGAAUACAGGAAUUACGACAACCAAUUUGGACCGAAAGCAAUAGACCAUCGGAGAAGAUCCGCACAUUUGAAGGAAUGAUGGAAUAUCUGGGGGAUGCAUCACCCGGCGAAGUUGUGGCGGCUUAUCGGCAACUUUUUCCCAGGCCAGUUAACCCCGGUAUAUUUUAUCAAGAUGCGUGGAAUAAUUUUGUACGAUGGCUGGACUCCAUUCGCAACGAGGGGAUAUCAGCACAGCUGGUCCAAAUGAGACGACAGAUAUAUACACAACUCAGGGUAAUUCAAACAGCAUAA